UCUGUCUUGUGAUUGCUGUUAAAGUGUUCCUUGAGUUUUAAUCACUUGUCCACAAUUUAACAGGGCGAGGUUUCUGUAUAACAAAUUUUGACAUAGUUUUGGAUGAAGUAAAAGUUUUAUUUGAUAUUAUAUUUCUUAAAAACAGAAAAAGUUACUCAAAAUGUCUAAUUUACCGAAAUUAGGAAAUGAAGAAAGGGAGUCCAAAUAUGGUUACGUCUUCGGUGUAUCGGGACCUGUCGUAACCGCAGAAAAAAUGUCCGGGGCUGCUAUGUACGAGUUAGUACGUGUAGGAUACUAUGAAUUAGUGGGUGAAAUUAUUCGUUUAGAGGGUGAUUUAGCUACUAUUCAAGUAUAUGAAGAGACAUCAGGUGUAACUGUUGGCGAUCCCGUGUUACGUACGGGUAAACCAUUGUCUGUUGAACUUGGACCUGGUAUUAUGGGUAGUAUUUUUGAUGGUAUCCAACGUCCGUUAAAAGAAAUUUGCGAAAUGAGUCAAAGUAUUUAUAUACCGAAGGGUGUAAAUAUUCCUGCAUUAAAUAAGAAAUCUGCAUGGGAAUAUUCACCUGAUUCAAAUAUUAAGAUUGGAUCUCAUAUUACUGGAGGUGAUAUUUUUGGUAUUUGCUACGAAAAUACUUUGAUUAAACAAAAAUUAACAUUGAAUCCACGUGCAAAGGGAACUGUUACAUAUAUUGCUCCACCCGGAAGCUAUAAUAUUACGGAUGUAGUUUUGGAGACAGAAUUCGAUAAUGAAAAAACAUCACAUACCAUGUUACAAGUAUGGCCAGUACGGCAACCACGACCUGUUACUGAAAAAUUACAAGCAAAUCAUCCACUAUUAACUGGACAACGUAUUCUUGAUUCAUUGUUUCCAUGUGUUCAAGGUGGUACAACUGCUAUACCCGGGGCUUUCGGUUGUGGUAAAACUGUAAUUUCUCAAGCGUUAUCAAAAUACUCCAACUCAGAUGUUAUUAUUUACGUUGGUUGCGGUGAACGUGGUAAUGAAAUGUCUGAAGUAUUACGUGAUUUCCCGGAAUUGACAGUUGAAAUUGAUGGUGUAACAGAAAGUAUUAUGAAACGUACAGCUUUAGUAGCAAAUACCUCUAACAUGCCUGUCGCUGCUCGUGAAGCUUCUAUUUAUACUGGUAUCACAUUAUCUGAAUACUUCAGAGAUAUGGGUUACAAUGUAUCUAUGAUGGCUGAUUCAACAUCACGUUGGGCUGAAGCCUUGAGAGAAAUUUCUGGACGUUUAGCUGAAAUGCCUGCCGAUUCUGGUUAUCCAGCUUACUUAGGUGCACGUUUAGCUUCAUUUUAUGAACGUGCUGGGCGUGUUAAAUGUUUGGGUAAUCCAGAACGUGAAGGUUCAGUAUCAAUUGUUGGUGCUGUAUCACCACCUGGUGGUGAUUUCUCAGAUCCCGUUACAUCAGCUACAUUGGGUAUUGUACAAGUAUUUUGGGGUUUGGAUAAAAAAUUGGCACAACGUAAACAUUUCCCAUCUGUAAACUGGCUUAUUUCUUACUCGAAAUAUUUACGUGCAUUGGAUGACUUUUAUGACAAAAAUUUCCAAGAUUUUAUCCCACUUCGUACAAAAGCCAAAGAAAUUUUACAAGAAGAAGAAGAUUUAUCCGAAAUUGUACAGUUGGUCGGUAAAGGUAGUUUAGCUGAAACUGAUAAAAUAACCCUUGAGGUUGCAAAAUUGAUUAAAGAAGAUUUCUUACAACAAAACAGUUAUUCGUCAUACGAUCGAUUCUGUCCAUUCUACAAAACUGUUGGUAUGCUUAAAAAUAUGAUUGCAUUUUACGAUAUGGCCCGACAUUCAGUUGAAUCAACUGCCCAAUCUGAACAUAAGAUCACCUGGAAUAUAAUUCGAGACUCCAUGAGCCAAUUGUUAUAUCAAUUAAGUAGUAUGAAAUUCAAAGAUCCAGUAAAAGAUGGUGAAGCUAAAAUUAAAGCUGAAUAUGAUCAAUUGUACGAAGAUAUUCAACAAGGUUUUAGAAACUUGGAAGAUUAAAUUAUUUAAAAUCGUGGUAGCAGAAAAAGCUAAAAAUAACACAAACACAAAUGUACUACUACUUAUAUUGACUUACUCAUUAUCAUAAUUAUUAUCACUGAUCAAAUUUUAUCUUUUUCAUCAUCAGAGAAAAUCAAACAGCGAAUAAAUCAGUAUUAAUUUUA